AUGCCUCUUGCUGAUCGUACGAGAAGCGAGGAUAGCAGUAACGAUGAUUCAACAAUUGCCACACUUCAAACAACGUUUAAACUUCCUACGCAAAAGAAAAAUAAACGUAAAGUUGGAAUUACAGAACCAAAACGUUCUGCACGUAUUCCUAUGGGAUAUCGUACACUUUCAAUUCACGUUUAUGAUUCUCAACGUUUUCCUGCAGAUGAUGAUGGACCAGGAUUAAAAGAUGCAGAUUAUCUUGCCAGACUUGACUAUCAUCGUCUUCCCAUUGAAGAAGUCUGUCAACGAUUCAACGUCAACAGCGCUUUAGGUCUCGAUCAAGAAGCUGCAAAACGUAGAUUGGAACGUAAUGGAAAGAAUGUGUUUUCAAAGAGAAAGAAUACGUACUACAAGAAACUUCUUCGUUACGUUUUUGGUGAUUUCUGUUCAAUUCUUUGGAUCGGUGUGAUCAUCUUUUUCAUUUCUUGGAAGCCACUUGGUGAUCCUCCUCAACCAUACAAUCUCGCAUUGGCAAUCGUUGUGAUUAUCGUCAUCUUCUUCCAAGCAUUGUUUGCCGCUUUCCAAGAUUGGUCAACGCAAAAAGUCAUGAAUUCGAUCAUGAACUUCUUACCUGAAAAUGCAGACAUCUUACGUGAUGGUAAACCAAUGACUAUUCCAUCCUCAGAAAUCGUUGUGGGAGACGUCAUUCAGUUGUCGCUUGGUCAAAAAGUUCCGGCAGAUAUGCGUUUGAUUGAAACGUCUUCUGAUCUCAAAUUUGAUCGUUCAAUCUUGACAGGAGAAGCCGAGGAAGUCGCAGGUGCAACAGAUUGUGGUGAUGAGACAAACUUUAUUGAAGCAAGAAACAUUGCUCUUUUGGGUACUUAUGUUUGUCAUGGAACAGCAAAAGGUGUUGUCGUCUUGACAGGCUCACGUACAGUUAUGGGAAGGAUUAACAAAUUCACAAAUGAAGCAGAAGAAACUCAAACAAAUUUGCAACGUGAAAUCGUUCGUUUUGUUAAGAUUAUUAUCUGUCUUACCGUUACUCUCGUCGUGAUCAUGUUGAUCACUUGGUUGGCUUGGCUACGUGUUGAUCAUUACGACUUCUUGAAUACGGUUUCAAUCUUGACGGACUUGAUGAGUUUGGUGGUCGCCUUUAUUCCUGAAGGUAUGCCUAUUGCAGUUGCUUUCACGCUUUCCUUAAUCGCACGCAGAAUGAGAGAUGCCAAAGUUUUACCCAAGUCACUCUCAACCGUCGAGACUCUUGGUUGUGUGAAUGUGAUCUGUUCAGACAAGACCGGUACGCUUACCGAGAACAAGAUGUCUGUUGUUUCAGUUUCAAUGGUUGGACAAGAGGUGAGCGUUGCAUCAAUCUCGGGCAAAAUGACUGCAGGUGAUGAAGCGAUGAACAAAUUACAACGUGGAAUGGUUUUAUGUAAUGAUGCAAAGUUCCAAGGAGAAGAUGAGAAGCAAGCCGGAGAAGAUGUGACUGAUCCAUCAGCCGUUAAGCAACUCAAGGCACAAGGUAAUGCAACUGAUGUGGCCGUCUUACGCUUAGCAGCAACACUUCCCGGCUUUUCCGAUCUGUUGAAUACGAACGAGAGAGAGUUUACGCUUGCGUUCAAUUCAAAGAACAAAUACAUGCUUACCGUCUAUGAAGCCCACGCGAAAUCUGGUGCUCAUGAACUUUUGGUCAAAGGUGCUCCUGAUGUUCUCUUGCCAAAAUGCACAUCUUUCAUGAAUGCAUCCGGUCAAGCAGAAGAACUUACAGAAGCAAAGAAAGCCGAACUUAUUGCUAAACAAGAAGAAUGGAGUCGUAAAGGACAAAGAGUAAUCAUGCUUGCUCAUCGAACAUUCGAGACGUACAUCAACUGCGAAAAAACUCAAUUUGAAGAUGAAGCAAUUGAAGCAGGUCAAUCUGAUCUUUGCAUCACUGCAAUCUUGGGUAUCGUCGAUCCACCACGUGCUGAAAUUCGUCAAACGGUUGCUGAUUGUCGUAGAUCCGGCUCAAGAUUCUUCAUGGUUACAGGUGAUUUCGGAUUAACGGCAACCGCAAUUGCAAAAGAAUGUGGAAUCAUCACUUCGGAAUGUGAGCCUGAUAGAAUUGCAGACUUUGGCAAGAAAGGGUUAUUGAAAGCACCUAAGGAAGAGCAUAACUCAAAUGACGAUUUGGAAAAAGCUGAUCUAUCACAAGAUUCGUCUUCAUCGAUACAAGAAGUACAAGAGAUGAUUCAAUCAAGUCUUGUUGUUGAAGGUCGUGAUAUGACCGACCUGAACGACGAGAAGUGGGACAUUAUUUGCAGAUAUCAAGAAAUCGUUUUUGCUCGUACAACUCCAGAACAAAAGUUAUCCAUCGUGAACAACUUACGUCAAAGAGGAUACGUGGUCGCAGUAACAGGUGAUGGUGUCAACGACGCUCCUGCUUUGAAAGCAGCUGAUGUCGGUAUCGCAAUGGUUGGUGGAUCUGAUGUGGCAAUCGAAGCAGCCGAUUUGGUUUUGAUGGGAAGCUUCUCAUCCAUCGUUGAAGGUAUUCGUUUGGGAAGAUUGGUUUUCCAAAAUUUACAAAAGGUGAUCUCUUAUCUUUUGCCGGCCGGUUCAUGGUCAGAAGAUUGGCCUGUUAUCUUAAACGUUUUCUUUGGAUGCCCUUUGCCGUUGAGUUCAUUCUUGAUGAUUAUCAUCUGUUGCUUUACAGAUUUAUUUUGCUGCUUGACAUUGAUCAUGGAAAGGGAAGAAUACGAUCUUCUCACAUUGCCUCCACGCAAUCCGAAAAAGGACCAUCUUGUCAAUGCAAAGGUUUAUGGUCAAUCUUACCUCUUCAUCGGUAUGCUCAUGACGAUCACAGCCCACUCAAUGUUCUUCUUAUACAUCUAUCAAGCAGCUGGUAUUCCCAUCGACAAGAUGUUCUUCGCUUUUGCCCAUUAUUCCGAUGGCUAUUACGGUCAUACUCAAGCAGAACUGAACCAUUUCUUGAACACAGGUCAAUGCGUCUACUUUGUCACAUUGGUGAUCAUGCAAAUGGGUAACUUGUUGAGUGUUCGUAAUAAAAAGCUUUCAAUAUUACAAGCAGAUCCGAUCAGGAAAUCAAGAAGAAAUCUAUGGAUCUUUGUUGGACCACUAGUCUCACUUUCCAUUGCAAUCUUUGUUACUGAAGAACCCGGCUUGCAGAACUUGUUCAACACCGCCUCUGUCCCCAUCAAACAUUGGCUCAUUCCUAUUCCUCUUGCUCUUGGACUUUUGCUUGCAGACGAAAUGCGCAAAUUGCUCGUUCGCUCUUUCCCGAACGGCCCCAUUGCCAAGAUUGCUUGGUAA